GCUCCCGUUAGACGCUGGACGGGAAGGAUGGGCAGCGCUUCCUGCUAGCAAUCCUCACCCUGAGCGCAGUUGCGGAGCAGAGCACAGAGGUGGCCAUGGAGCUGGAAGGCCUGAAAGUGUCCAUGGUAGAGAAGAUCGUGGACAUGAUGGAAAACAUCUCUGUGGAGGCCGACCGAAGGAACAUCCUCGCGUACAGCAUUGACGCCAUCCGUAGCCUCAGAGAGCUGAAGUUGAGCCUGGAGCCAGGCCUGGAGUUGCGCCUCAUGCGGGCUGCGAUCAAGAAGAGCUUCCUGGCCAUAGGGCAUGAGAGCCAUUGCAACCAGGUCAUGCAGAGGCUGUACGUCGAGUACUUGCAGGGCCUGCUGUGCCGCUUCUUGUUCAGUGCCCCCAGCCUGGGCAAAUUAUACUCCAUUUGGGAGCACUUUACAUUUUGGAUGGAGACACCGGAUGCCCAGUCCCGAGCACUGGGCAUGAAGAUCGUCACUGGGGUGCUUGCCUUUGCUGUGCAGCUCCUUCCUCAGUUUGAGGGCUCCCCAGAGUUGCCUGAGGUGGGGGACAUGGCAGCCUGCCUGGGUCUCUCCAUCAACGACCCAGUGGAGAGCAUCAGCCAGGGGGAGCGUGUAUUGGCUGGCGCAAAUCCUCCUACAUCAGAGGGGCCAAGACAUGUGAGGGGCAGAGGAGCUGCGGUGCAAGCGCCAGGCGGAGCAGAGCCAGGUCCAGAACUACAGGGACCUGGCGAGAGUCGGAGAGGUGAGGAUGCAAUGCCCAGCCCUUGCAAAGCUGAAGACAUGUGGAGAAAGGCCUCCCGCUUCUCUCCAGCUCACAUGGCUCUUCCUGCUGUGGGUUCGAGGCUUGCAAGUCUCCAGGCCAAGGUGGUCCCAGGCCCCAGAAGUGGAGCCUGUCUGUGGGAAGCGCCAAGCCUUGCAUCCUCUCAUGUCAAGGGUUGAGCAAGAUCUUGUUGGAGGAGCAAAAAAGAUCUUUCCUUCAGAGAGUCCUUGCAGCAGUUCAUGGUGUCCAGAUGCACGUCAGCCAAGCUGGCCUGGUCUUCCUCUACUCCAUCCUGGGGGAAGCCGGCCGCUUGAUCGGGCACAAGGAGAAGCAAAUCCCCGUCAGGGUGGUCAGCAAGCUGCUCCUUAUCAAGUGCUUCAAAGAGCUGCCUGGAGAACUGCAAGGGCACAGCCUGCUAGCCAGCUCCUCUGUGACCCCCUCCGCUCUCCAGCAGCCCACACUUGCUCCUGCAGGUACUGUCUUGUCCCCUCUGCCUCUGGGGAGCAGGGAUUUGUGUGAAGAGAGGCAGAGGCUCACAGCACUAGCACAAACCUGCUCCCUGCCAUGUGUGGGGUACUCUCCCCUCUGCCCCAAAGAAACCUGUUCUAGCGUCCAUCCUCCGCAAGACAUUCCUCUCUCCUCCUGUCAUUGGCAGGAGCCUUUUUCUCCUGCCCUGCUGCCCCUGGACAAACCUCCCCUCCCCGCCUGCCCCAGUGGUCUCCAUGGGCCUGCAUGGUGCUGCCCCCUUUCAGAAAAGAGCCCCAGGAGCUCUCCCAAGUGGCGAAACAAUCCCGGGACAGGCUGGAUGGUCUGCCUGCUGUUGAAGGUUGCUGUGUCUUGUACAGGCAGAGACCUGUUUUACAUUCUUCUAGCUCUCUCAACCAUGGUCUUCUUGGGCCUGGGGUUUUUCAACCCAAGGAUCUACAUCACCCUGAAUGUGGCUGCAUAGGGAUGCCUAAAGAUAUUUAGCUGCUUCCACACAGGAAGUUAUGGAUGGUCUGUAUUUUUCCCCUCAUUCAAAUGUUCUGGGGUUUGUGUCACAGGAAAGCUCUCAGUCCCCUCUUGCUCACGUCAGAGUUUUGCAUCAGGGUGGCAACGCAUGGAUCUAAUCUUUUGCUGCAUUUUCUUCCACUGCAUGGCAACAUCUGGAAACCACCUGGACCCCGAGAAUACCUCCCUCACCGAACAUGACCUCCAAAACCUCACGGGGAGCCUGGCGGCUACAGAAGAAGUCUGCAACUGUGCUGAAGCCACCACAGAAACCACUGACUGACCCAAAUCUUGUUGUGUGGAUGGCACUUUGUCAACCCCUGCCUCAGGGCUUUUGCCGGUCGCCAGUUGGGGCCAGGAAGGAAUUUUUUUCCCCCUUCAUGUACAGACCUAUCGUCUGAGGGUUUUUUGCCUUCCUCUGAGGCACUGGGCAUAGUGAGACCAUCGCGGUGCCUGUUGUGUAUUUAGCCUGUCCUACAGGCCUUUGAGGGCCAGGGAGAGAGAAGAAAGCAAAGGCAACACGUGUAAUGUUUAGCAUACAAGUUAAGAGUAGAUGUAGUAUAAUAAA